GAGCUUGUCCCGGACGCCGCCUCCGCUAGCUACCUCCCUCUCCGUUAUUGCUCAUGACUCUGCUGGCCUCCUCUGGCUCUCUCCCUGCCAUGGCAUCCACCGGUGAGGCACUCUCGCCGCCGGCCAUGGAGAUGCGACCAUUGGACACCUAUUCUCCGGCCAAGCUUGCCACUGUUGCUGUUCCACCCAAAGGGAGGCGUAGGGCGUCAGACGCGCCGCCGGAAGGGGUGGGCCGCUGGAGCGCGCAGGAGAAGCCGACGACGGACGACGACUGGCUUCCCGUCAACGCGAGGAGGAACGCCAAGUGGUGGUACGCCGCCUUCCACAAUGUCACCGCCAUGGUCGGCGCCGGCGUUCUUACCCUCCCCUACGCCAUGUCCGAGCUCGGCUGGGGCGUCGGCGUCACGGUGCUGAUCUUGUCGUGGAUCAUCACGGUGUACACGCUCUGGCAGAUGGUGGAGAUGCACGAGUGCGUCCCCGGGAAGCGGUUCGACCGGUACCACGAGCUGGGGCAGCACGCGUUCGGCGAGAAGCUGGGCCUCUGGAUCGUGGUGCCGCAGCAGCUGGUGGUGGAGGUGGGGCUCAACAUCGUGUACAUGAUCACCGGCGGCCAGUCCCUGCACAAGUUCCACGACGUGGUCUGCCAUGGCCGGUGCAAGGACAUCAAGCUCCGCUACUUCAUCAUGAUCUUCGCCUCCGUCCACUUCGUGCUCUCCCAGCUCCCCGACUUCCACUCCAUCUCCAGCGUCUCGCUCGCCGCCGCCGUCAUGUCGGUCAGCUACUCGGCGAUCGCGUGGAUCGCGUCGGCGGCGCACGGAGUGUCGGCCGACACGGACGCCGUCGCCGACUACCGCCUGCGCGCGACGACCACGCCGGGGAAGGUGUUCGGCUUCCUGGGUGCGCUGGGGGACGUGGCGUUCACGUACGCCGGGCACAACGUGGUGCUGGAGAUCCAGGCGACCAUCCCGUCGGCGCCGGGGAAGCCGUCCAAGAAGCCCAUGUGGAAGGGCGUCGUCGUCGCCUACGUCAUCAUCGCCGCGUGCUACUUGCCCGUCGCGCUCGUCGGCUACUGGGCCUUCGGCAACGACGUCGACGAGAACAUCCUCAUCACCCUCAACCGGCCGCGCUGGCUCAUCGCCGCCGCCAACAUGAUGGUCGUCGUCCACGUCGUCGGCAGCUACCAGGUGUACGCCAUGCCGGUGUUCGACAUGAUCGAGACCGUGCUGGUGAGGAAGUACUGGUUCAGGCCGGGACUCAGGCUCCGUCUCAUUUCCCGGACUGUCUAUGUUGCGCUCACAAUGUUCGUGGCCAUCACCUUCCCCUUCUUCAGUGAACUGCUCAGUUUCUUCGGCGGAUUCGCAUACGCACCGACAAGCUAUUUCCUUCCCUGCAUCAUGUGGCUCAUCAUCUACAAGCCCAGAAGGUUCAGCCUCUCAUGGUUCACCAACUGGAUAUGCAUUGUUAUUGGGGUGCUGCUGAUGGUGCUGUCACCGAUUGGAGGACUCAGGCAGAUAAUUCUGAAAAUCAAGACCUACAAAUUCUACCAAGACUACCCUAGUUUAAGCCAGGCGCCAUCAUCAGCUAAAACUAGUUUCUGAAUCUGAUCGAUGCCAUGAAAUUCCUCCUUUUUUUUCAGGGUAAGAUACAUGUACAGUCAUGAGUCAUGAUGAUCCGUGACCUGCUGUGGUUCUGUUAAUUCUGUCUCGAACCACGAGAUGGUUUGGGAUUAAACAUUUCUAGGGGAAUUGUUUGUUUGUGUAAUUGUGUUCAGUUUGGACUUGGACCUUGAGAAAGAUGUCUGGGCCUUAUCACUUACACCACGAGUAAAAGUUCCAUUCUUUCUCGAUAA